CUCAAGUGCGGCAGUCUCGGCCUCAACUUGACAGCUGCCUCCCGCGUCGUCAGCGUCGUCAUUGUCGAGCCGCCUAGCACCCCGUUCGUCGAAGAACAAGCGAUCAACCGCGUCCACCGCCUUAAUCAGACUAUCGACGUCAAAGUCUUCCGCUUGAAAAUCCGUAACAGCGUCGAAGAGCGGAUUCUUGAACUUCAAGAGAAGAAA